AUGAUACGACUUAUUCAACGUUUACUUAAAUAUACAUCAAUAAAACAUAUUGAUUAUCAAUUAUUAAUUGAUUCAUUGGGUAAAUUACGUGAAAUAGCAAAAAAAUUAAAUGAACAAAGUAGAAAAACGGGAAAACAUUUAUCAAUGUUUAAUAUUUCAGAGUUUCUUGCUGCACAUCAUGAUUAUAUAGAAAAAUUUCAAGUUAUUGAACUUCAACAAGAAUUAACAACAAUACAACUACAUGUAACUCGUUUUCUUUUCUCCGAUUGUCUUGAAUAUAUGUGUAAAGCAUUCGGUAUGAAAAUAUAUUCCACUUAUUCAAUUGGGGAAUAUUCAAUGUUUAUUUGAUAUUAAUCCAUCAUCAUUAACAAUUGAUGAUAAAAUUAUUGAUUGUUUUUGUUUUUUGUGGAACUCACAUUACGUUUUCUUUUUCGAAGAAAAAUAGAAUAAGUGUAAGUUUUAGAGAUAUGGUAGACGAAAAUUUGGACGUUAGCCGAAUUCUUACUCAUCACAUUUUCAUUAGAAUCUAUUUCACAUUUCUCAUGGCAUCUUGAUGGUGAUUGUUUAUGAAUGCGGUCAUUAUAGACUUUUACUUUAAAAGUAGUAACUU